CAUUUUAACUUUAAAUUUACAGUAAAUCCAACUAAUGUGAGCAAUCAGGAGGCCCAAAUGCGCACAAGAAUUGAAAUGUUGGAGAAACAGUUGAAUGGGUACAAAGAAUUAAACGCCAAAAUUGAAGGAGAACUACAAUCAGUUAAAUCGAUGCCCGAUAUGAGCAUGGAUUCAGCGCUAACAAGUGAGCAGUAUGAAAAGCUGCGUCGUGAAAUCGACUCCCUCCGGAUGGAGAACGAGCGAUUGAAGAAGCGAAAGGAAGAUCUGGAACUGGAACUGGAAAAUGUCACCCUUCGUGCUGAGAUCAAUCGCGACCGUUUCAAAGUGGUUCAGUUCACGGAUAGUCCAGCUAAUGAGGCUUAUGAAGCUCACCGCAACGAGAUCGAGAAGCUCCAAGCUGAAAUUGAACGGCUGAAGAUACGGAACCGACGGCUCGAAGAAGGCAACGAAGAGCUGACAAUGAGACUUAACGACAGCAACAUGACGAUGAACGUUAUGGAGUUCAACAAUUUAAAAGCACAAGUCCAAUCGCUGGAGGCUAAAAAUCAGCACAUCAAAGAGAUAUACAAAUCGGCAAGUAAUGAGUUCCGUGAAGUCUGCUAUAUGCUAUUUGGUUACCGGGUCGAUCGGGUUGGAAACACAAACUAUCGGAUUUCGAGCAUGUACGCCGAGAGCGAGGAAGAGUACCUCAAUUUCUGUUUGAACGAGUCCGGUACGGUACUCAACAUGCUGGAAUCGGCCUAUAGCGAAUCGAUCUCGGACAUGGUGGCAAAUUGCCUUGGAACCCAUGGUUCGCUGCCGGCUUUCCUCAGUACGCUCACUCUGGAUCUAUUCAACCGAACAACGGUUAUGGUACAAGGUUGAGGAGCUUUGCACUAGGUUUAUGCUAUUGAUAUACAUUAAUGGAUUUUUUUUUCACUCCACGAUAUAAAUAUUCCGUCGUAUAUAGAGUGAAGGUCACUACUGCAUCUACUGAGAAUUUCCUAAGUAGCGGCUGGUUCAAUAAGAAAGCUUACAAUGCGA